AUGUUUUCGUAAGCUUUUAGAAGAGGUCAACAACCUUAAUAAUAGGUACCAUAACCAAUGAAUAUUUCAUUCCAUAAGUAAGUAGAUUGAGUUAUUUAGUUAAUUGUAAGCCUAACAAACAAAAUCCUUUUCUUAAACUCAAUAUGAAAAGGAGAAUAUUAGCUAAUUUCUAGGUUCAACAAAAAGACAAAAUUUAAAUGAAUCUUUCUAUUAAGAACAGCAAGUACCUCAAAUAUCAGAAGUAUAUAGAAUUUUAGAACAAUUACAACAAAUGAUGGUAGUCAAAUUUAAUGACUUCUAAAAUGUUAUAAAUGAUUAAGAAAAAGCUAUAAGACCAUUGAUUGAAUAAAAUACUCAACUUAAUAACUAAUUAAUAAAUGUUCUUUAAUAAAGUGAGAAAAUACUCUCAUAACUCACUACAAAUUUAGAGAAGAGUGAAUAAAUUAAUAAAAGGAAUUAAAAAAAGAAAAGCAAUGAAUGUUCAGAAAGUGAUUUAGGUGCAGUUUAAUAAUUACUUAAAACAUUGGAUGAUAGAUUAAAUAAUUUAUCAAAUGAAGUAGAAAUGAUAGCAGAAACUAACAAUAGAUUUCAAGUUCAUGUUAUGGAAAUUGUCAAUAUAGAUAAAUUAGAACAUCGUGAAAAUAUGUAAAGAGUAUUAUAAGAGAUGGAUAAAGCAAAAAGAUCUAUAUCUAAAAAAAUAAGACGUUGA